CGUGCAUGUGUUGUCAGUUUAGCCACCAGGACAGCCACACCAUGUGCGUUGGUCUCUUGGAUGGCACUGUGCAGCUGCUCAAGAACGGCAAGACCUCAUACUCCUACCGGCCACACGAGGAGAAGGUGACGCACAUCUCAUUUAGCAGCAAUGACAGCUCUGUGGCCAGCGGGGCGUAUGACGGCAGCGUGGCCCUGCUGUCUCUGGACAUCAAGAGCACCAAGAUGCUCAAUGAACCAACCGGAAAGGCAGUGGUUGGGUUGCAGUGGUCACCGCACAGUCCCUUCAAGCUGGUGACCACUGCGAUGGAUGGCUUGCUCUACAUUUGGGACACAAGCACCAGGUGCUUGAAGAGCCGGCACUGCCUGCAUCCCCGGCUUGGUGCGAGCAGCCUGACGCUGUCACCUGUAAGCGAGUCGCUAGUGAUCACGGUCGGCCACGACAACCGCCUAGUCCUGUUCGACAUGCGCAUGGCCAGGGAGGAGUCAUUUGUGUGCACUCCAGAGACCCUGGAGUCGGUUGCAUUCUUGCCAGAUGGCCAGCGCGUGGUAGGUGGGGCCACGUCGGGGAGCGUCUACCUGUAUGACCUACGUCACACCCGACAGACGCCACCUAGCAUGCUUGGCACCCACAUGAAGCCAGUCACGGCCAUAGCCACCAUGAACAGUGUACAGGCAGAAGAGCAGAUGAUGGCAUUGGCAAGUACCAUUGCUGCCAGCGAGGAAGCUUUAGCUUCCUCCAGCAGUGGUCGAGUUCAGCGAGACAUCGAACGUCCACUGUGGUUGCUCCUGGGCUCGGAUAUGGAGGCCGCAGGUGAUCUCGGGAUGGAUUCAACAUUAAGUGCUGAGUCGCCAACCAGCCCCAGAGAUGCACCCCACUCGGCUCUCACGCCUGGUGAUGGCUUCCAGGAGGCGGCAGAUUGUUGCAUCCUGGAUGCGUCGUGGGUUUCCACGCACAGUUCAACCACAAGUCUGCGUGAUCCACCUUUUCGCCUCAGCGAUAUCCUGCCAGUACUGAACGAUUCGUUGCCAGACCCCGAGAUGGGGAGUACCUCUAUGACAAGGUUGUCAGUGAAGUCGGCACUUCAGGAGAAGAGCCAGGCAGCAGCUGUACCUGCAGGGUCGCCCCACGUGAAUGGCAGCUCGAGUUCAGUGCCCAAUGGUCACUCAACGAGCUGGGACGCUUCUUUGGCAUCGAGCAGCUCCGCGCCAUCAAUGCCUGACGAACUCUUGCAAAACGUACAGGUGGAGGGGGCAGCUGCGAUGGACGUGAAGAGGCAGCCUGAUGAUCUCACGCUGGCAGAGUGCCUGCGUCGUCUGGAAGGCAUGAUGGCAAGCCACGACCGGAAUACGGAAGACCUGUUAGCAGAGCAGAAGCGCUACAUUGACGCUCACCUUCGUCACAUACACAUCCAAGUGACCAUGAUGGGGCACUCAUUCAUGCGGGACAUACGAGGCAUGCUCCAGGAGGUGUUCGAUGAAGUGGCAGCGCUGCGAGCCGACAUAGCAGCACUGCGCAAUGAUGUUUAGUGCAGCCAGUGCCCUUGUAAAUAGUUUUUUUUUACCAUUUUAUGUUUUACAUGUAAUAAAGAUGUUUAUUUAAAGA